AUUUAGCUAAAAUCAUUGCUGUGCCUAAGUACAGCCUCACAUAGCUGCUAGCAUGAACACACCAACCAGCAAAGUGGCCUUAUUGAGUAACAGUCGUAAAAGCCAUUUAUUACCCUUUACAACAUGCUAACAGCUUCCACGAUCCGAGCAAACUGUACACGGUGAGGACAAGCUCUACCUCGACUGAAGUUCGUCCUACCAACAAAAUGUUUUACUUGGAGGUGAAGAGAAUGUGUUGUAGUUAAAAGACAACCGAUAACCAGGCUGAUGACGUUGCCGCUGGGCUCGAUGUGGCUGCUGUUGGCAUUCUCUCUGGUGUUUACUCCUGUGUCUGUCGGAGCUUGUUCUACUCAGGAGUUUAGCUGCUCCCAGGGCCUAUGUGUGCCUGAGGACUGUGUGUGUGACUUCACCGACAACUGUGGAGAUGGCAGCGACGAGGGAGACUGCUCCAGAUAUAAGAGGUGUGACUUUGAGGAGGGAUUCUGUGACCUGAUCCAGAGCUCAGAGCCGCUCUCUGGAUGGACCAGAACAGCUGAGGUCCCGGGACUUAAACAAGACCAGACCAGGAACACAUCAGCACAUUUCCUGUCCCUUUUACCUGUCAGUGGAAACAGAACCACUGCAGACCUGAACAGUCCUGUCUUCCUGCCCAGUCAGACUUGCCAGAUGAGUUUCUACUAUUAUGUUGGGGCAAAACAUGGAGAUCUUCAGGUGUUGAUUCAGUCUCACGCACUGGAUCAGAGCACAGAGGUGUGGAAACACUCCACACAACCACAGAUAAAAAUGUGGCAGCGGGCAGUGAUUAAGUUUUCCAGCAAUCACAGUUUUCAGGUGGUGCUUCGAGGGCAACCUUCAGCUGAAAGCAAAAACUCUGAGGUCCUGGCCAUCGAUGACCUAUCCUUCAGUCCCGGCUGUGUGACUGUGCCUGAGAGCAAUGUACCUCCUCCUCCUGUUUGCCCUCCCUCGUUGUUUGACUGUGGCAAUGGGGAUUGCAUCGAGGAGAGCAAAGUGUGUGACUUCACCCCACAUUGUCCCCAAGGAGAGGAUGAAGCCAGCUGCUCCUCUGAGUGUGACUUUGACAGUGGAUCUUGUGGCUGGUACGAGCUCACCCUUGGCGAUGGCUUUGACUGGGUCAGGGGCUCUACUGUGGAGGUACCUCCAGACUACCACCCACCACCUCUGGACCACUCUACAAACAGCACUGAGGGCCACUUCAUGUUUAUAUUGAAGAACAGUAGCAGUCUUUAUCCAAGGGCUGUUCUCCGCGGACCCUGGUUCAAACAAUCAGCCUCCGGGUGUACCAUGACCUUCUGGCAUUAUAACUCAGGUAUCUCCGUGGGGGCUGCAGACAUGUACCUUAGAAUCAAUGGAGUUAAAAACAACACUGUUAUAUGGAGGACUUUGUACGACCAAGGAACCCGUUGGAAUCAGGUUACCGUACAGCUGGGACGCAUCACCCAGCCCUUCCAGAUCGCUCUGGCUAAGAUCAGCCUUGGAGUGUUUGAUGGGGUCUCCGCCUUGGAUGAUAUCACCUUCAAGAACUGUUCACUGCCCCAUGCAGUGGUGGUGUGCCCCGUGCACACACAUUUCCACUGCGUGCAUACCAAGGCAUGUGUGGAGCACUUGCAGCUCUGUGACCUUGUGGAUGACUGUGGGGAUGGAUCCGAUGAGGAGGGAUGUUCUCCAGAGCUGCAGUGUAACUUUGAACACGGGCUGUGCAGCUGGAAGCAAGAACAGAGUGGAGGAGAUGUGUUUGACUGGACCCGCAUCCGAGGCCCCACUCCGUCCUUGAACACGGGGCCCUGGAAGGACCACACACUGGGCACCAGCUAUGGCCACUACCUCUACAUCGAGUCCUCAGUCCCCCAGGAGUUCAAAGACACAGCCGUGUUGCUGAGUAGAGUCUUCCAACCCACUCACCAGCGCGGCAAGGACCCGUCCAGCUCCCGCCACCACUGUGUUUUCCGCUUCCAUUACCACAUGUUCGGCUCACAUGUGUUCUCUCUGGCAGUGUACCUCAGGACCAGCGCUACAGGGCGUGGGCACAUGCUGUGGGUACGAUAUGGAGACCAAGGAAACCUAUGGCACAGGAAGACUGUCUACCUCUCCAGCGCUCGGCCGUUCCAGAUUUUGAUAGAAGGUACAGUUGGAGAUGAUUUUAAUGGAGACAUUGCCAUUGAUGACCUUUCCUUCCUGGACUGCGAACCAUAUGAAGGAGAGUUCCCCACAGCGAAUACCACAAACCCUGCAGUGACCACUCCAGCUCCCACAGUUCAGCCCCACAGCUGCCCUGAUAGAGAGUUUGUGUGUGUGGCACAUGGAGAGUGUGUUGCCAACAGCAAAGUGUGUGACUUCAGACGGGAUUGUUCUGAUGGCUCAGAUGAAUUAAACUGUGUGAAGGAAUGGUGCGAUUUUGAAGGCGGUGACACUUGUGGUUGGAAUGGCAUCGACUCCUCUUUGGACCCAAUCCACGCAUUUCGCUGGUCCCCUGAUCAUGGGGUGAGCAUUCAUGAUGGAGAACAGUACCACCGUCCUAUUAAUGACCACACCCUAGGCAGUCCAGAGGGUUGGUAUAUGUGUGCAGACAGUUCCAACGGUGGCUACGGUCAAACCGCUGUCCUCCAGACACCUGCCAUCUCCUCCACUGGGCCACACUGCACACUGGUCUUCUGGUACUACAUGUGUGGAUUCACAGUGGGAUCGCUGCAAGUGCUGUUGAAGUAUGAAAACGUCACUCAUGAGGUUUGGUCUCAGACUGGUAACCAAGGCAACAAAUGGAAAAGAGGAGAAGUGUUUUUGGGGUUAUCAAACAACGUCCAGGUGAUGUUUAGGGCGAAGCGAGGGAUCAGCUACAUGGGCGAUGUGGUGAUAGAUGAUGUCAGCUUCCUGCACUGCUCCCCUCCUCUUCCUUCAGACGGGCCAUGUACAACUGAGCAGUACGCCUGCGCUAAUGGCCACUGUAUCCCUCAGGACAACCUGUGUGACUUCAUCAACCACUGUGGGGACAACUCUGAUGAAGACCCCUACAUCUGCAAGGGCUUUAGCGGGCGCUGCAGUUUUGAGUUUGACCUCUGUUCCUGGCGUCAGUGUCGACAGGAUGACUUUGAUUGGCUGAUCAAAGCGGGCAGCACUCCCACAGUUGGCACCGGACCAUCGAGUGACCACACCCUGAGAGACCCCUCGGGGCACUACCUGUACCUGGAGGGCUCCUUCCCCCAGGCAGCCGGAGACACCGCCCGCAUAUCAGGACCCUUACUGAGCCGCAGGAGCUCUCAGUGCAAGAUGCGUUUCUAUUUACACAUGUCUGGAGACGGCCUCGGAACCCUCAGUGUGUACAGGAAAAGUGAAGGGCAAUUUCAUCUCUUGGUGAACCUGACGGGAGAUCAAGGCAACUAUUGGCAGAUGAGGGAGAUCCCGCUGAGCCACAACAGGGACUUUCAGGUCAUGUUUGAGGGCAAGGUGGGCCGAAGUGAAAAGGGUGACAUCUGCCUGGAUGACAUCACUUUUUCUCCAGGGUGUCUGCUCGCCUCCUCAGUUAGAGUAGAGGACAACACUCCUCCUGCAGGCUCCUGUCCUUCAGGUUUGCUCCCUUGUGAAAAUGGUGGAUGUUUCACUCCGGGGCAGAGCUGUGACUUCACAGAUGACUGUGGUGAUGGCACUGAUGAAAAGGAUUGUGGGACUUCCUGCUCCUUUGAGAACGGGCGCUGUGGCUGGAGGAGCUCCCUGGCCGAUAAUUUUGAUUGGACGCUAGGGACCGGAUCUGUGAAAAGCAUACGGCCUCCAUAUGAUCACACGUUGAUGGAUGAAAGCGGUCAUUUCGUCUUGCUGGAAGCUACACCAGUUGGACUCAAAGGCGAUAAGGCUCAUAUUAGGAGCUCUGUUUGGAAAGAGUCAAGCGUCAUCUGCAAGCUCUCCUUCUGGUACUACAUUUCCCACAAGGCCUCAGGAAUAAUCCGCCUGCUGAUCAAGACGGAGAACGAUUUGUGGGAGGCGUGGAACAAAACGGGGCAUCAAGGGCAUAAAUGGAACCGAGCAGAGAUCCCUCUGAGGAAGCUGAGGAACUUCGAGGUGAUAUUCGAGGGCAUCCGCUCGAGGGACAUGAGUGGAGGAGCUGCCCUGGAUGACCUGGAGUUCAUAGACUGUGCCCCAAAUGUUGUGGAGCCGCACAGUUGCCCUGCAGUCACAGACUUUGUGUGUCACAGUGGCCACUGCAUUGAGUCCCACCUGGUGUGCGACAACAAGGCCGACUGUGCUGAUGAAUCAGAUGAGAUAGACUGCGCACGCAUAGUCGGCUUGCCGGGCGCUUGUAAUUUCAACAUGGAUGAGAACCAGUGGGAAGACACCUGCCAGUUUUCUCAGGACGCUGAUGAUGACUUUGAUUGGAGGAUCGGUCAUCGGAGUGAGACACCAGGAACUGGACCUUACGCUGACCACAGUCCUGGUGGUGGGGGGAACUUCCUUUACAUACACUCAGCCACUCAGAGGGAGGGCGAUGUUGCCAAGGUGACAACCAAGAGUCCAUUUCCGACCAGUAUCGGCCUGUGUCACCUGCGCUUCUGGUUCUUCAUGCACGGCUCUGACAGGAUGGGAACGCUGAAGGUCUACACUGUUGGACCCAGUGGCACCAGUCUGCUGAUGUGGGCAGCCACUGGAAACCAUGGUAACCAGUGGACAUACGCUAAUGUCAUCCUUUCCAACCCAGCACCUUUCAGAGUGACUUUCCAGGCAGAGGUGGGUGGAGACAUGUGGACAGACAUUGCCUUGGAUGACAUCUCCUACACUGCAGAGUGUAUGGUACAAGGACCAGUAACUCCCCGGCCUCCUACCUGUGGUGUGGACCAGUACCAGUGUACGUACUCCUAUCAGUGUAUCCCGGAGAGUUGGAGGUGUGACGGAGAGAUGGACUGUGCUGACCAGUCCGAUGAAGAGUUUUGUCCCACUGUGGAACCUGGUACUCUUCCGCCUCAGGGUCGCUGUCCCUUUGGACAUUACCAGUGUUUGAAUGAUGUAUGCAUCCCCUCCAUACUGCGCUGUGACGGCGUCCCAGACUGCCCUGAUGGAGAGGAUGAGUACAGCUGCCGUCUGCUGCAGUGUGAGCUGGGAGAACUGGUGUGUGAAACUUUGUCUGUUUGUAUCCCACUUAAGAAGCGUUGUGAUCACUCUGCAGACUGUCUGCCUUUUCACUCUGAUGAGUCCAGCUGCCAUGAUUGCCCUCCGCUGUAUUGCCUGAAUCAUGGCUCAUGCGUUGUGGAGAAAUACGGGCCUGUUUGCAUGUGUUAUCCAGGAUGGACAGGCAACCGUUGCCAUGUGAGGGAGAAACCAUCUCUCUCUACCUCGACACCCAAACCAGAGGACACACAGCUGGACUCUGUGUAUGUUGGCAUCGCUAUCGGACUGCUGCUGCUUAUAGCCGGAGUCGCUGUCUGCACUCUGGCUGUAUACAAGAAAAAACGCUACCUAAUAAAGCCCGACCCGAUGGACUACGGAGUGAUGGAUAACCCAGCCUUUGACUGGAGAGCAGAGUCCCCGUGCCUGCAUGAAAGACCAGGCUGUUGUCCCAGACUUAACCCCAGCAGGAUUGAUGGUAGGGGCCUUACCAUCAGUGUCUACCCCUGGAGGAGGGAGGUGGAGCAGUGUUUAACCCGGAAAGAGGCCAAGCUGUCCUUCGCCAACCCACUGUACAAUCACCCCCCUGAUGCUAAUAGCGCUGAGUACAAAAGCUCUGAAGCAUAAAAAUAAUGGACUUUACAUUUUGACACAGCAGUAGAUCUGGGUCCAUCAGUGUGCGCACAUACUUGAUGAGUUUGUCUUGAUCUGCUGAGGUACCAAGUGGCGGGGAAACAAUGCAAAUAACUAAUACGGUUGUGAUUUACAGCUACAUAUAAUAAUCAAAUGAAUAAUGUGAAAACCACUUUCUUUAAACUAAUCACAAUCACAUCAUCUUGGGCAACGCUAUGUUUCCAACACAGAAGGAACUUGAACCCGCGAAUGAAAAACGCCACAUAAAAUAUUAAACUAGCUGGAUACAUGGUUAAAUGUAAUUUGCUGUUACCAAUGUAUCGCUGUGUGUAUUUUCUCCAUAGCUAUCCCCACUAAUCCCAAAACUUAGAUAGUAAAUGCCGUCAACAAAUUCUUUGUAAAUCUUUACAAUCAUUCCCACGAAAAAAAUCAAGCAGACCUGUCUUGUUGCACAAUUAAAAUUUUCUUCAAAACCUGCAGCAUGUAGCAUGCUAGCUUUAAGUUUGUUGUUGUUUCCCAAAGCGAACAGAGUUUGAGAACGCAACACACAGAGAGCGGAAGGCAAUUAUCCUGGAAAUGUACUUCCGUUGAUCCAGACUAGUUUAGCCUAACAUAAAGAUAAAGACUGGAAGCAGCCGUAAACAAGUCAAAAUGGGCAUUAGAUCAAAUCCCAAAAAAAUAGGUUUUGGCCAUUUUGUAAACUAAAUACAACCAGUGUUGCAGUUUAGCAGGAGUGCUUUAGUACUCUUGCAGUAAUGGUCGUGAGUGCCUUAUGAUUAAAGGUUUUCUUUAGUGCUGGCAAAAGCAGAAAACAUCUAGUUCAUUGAACUGAAAGACUCCACUGAACACACAGAACUUUCAAAAUGAGUCGUGACUUCAUUAGUGAUCCUUUUUAAUCCCCACAAGUGCAAAUAAAAUAGUUUGCCCCUGUUUUAUUUGCAAAUUAAAAUCCAUUACAAGUCAGCGUCCUGCAGCUGCAUUGUGUGUGGUGUGAACUGACUCUCAAACUCUCCGUAUCAACCAGCGCUGAACAGAUGGAUCAUAAACACAGCACUGGCCAUCAUAAAUGACCUUCUCAUACUUGACAGUUAACAUGAUGACUUACAAGAGAAGGCCAUGUUCUGUAUAGUGAGAUAUAUUAAAUAGAGCCUCAGUUCAUGUAGGAAGCUUCCUUUGAGCCUCAAAGUACUGCUAAUAUUUCAGGUUAAAAUUCAGUUGAAAAAGUUGCUAAACAUUUUGUGAAAUAUGCUUAAUCGUUUUCUUGCCCAGAUUUACAUGAGAAGAUUGAUACCACUCACUUAUCUAUCCAUUAAAUGUGUUGUUAAACAGCUAGCAGCCAGUUAGCUUAGCAUAAACAGGUAAACAGCCAGCCUGGCUCUGUCCAAAGGAAAAAAGCUUACCAGAACCUCUAAAGCUCUCAUUUAACUCUCGGGAGAAAGCAAUUUCUGCAAAAUUAUCAUCUUUUGUUGUUGCUCCUGACUGGAUUUUUAAGACAUUUUGCAAUAUGAUGUGUCACAGUUGCACUGCUGAAUUAAGAAGGAAAGAAAGGGUCACAUUGUUGCUUUGUUAACAUAUUAUACCGAUAUCUUCGACUACAUGUACUGAAUUUUGAUGAAACUAAAUAAAAACUUGAUGUGAUUAGCAUUGUAUCCCCUACUGAUGAGCCCAACAUUGCAAUGCCCAUUAUGAAAUCUUUCUUGCACUUGUUUAACUGUGUAUUUGUCCACUUUUAUUUCCAAUAUUUAUAAAAUAGUACUGAAUUGCAAAA